CGAAAAUGGAAAGUGCUGAUGGAGUUUUAGUGAAUAGCAUAUAGAAUUCGCUUCCCUCUAAUUUGAAUUACAAGCUGCCUUUAAUAUGCGUAUACAAAUCGUAACCGCUAUCGAUAAUAAUGACUAAUUAAUUACAACAUUAAUACGGAAACUAAAUACAUAAAUAAAUAGUGCAUUAAUUGCUUGACUGUUACUUUUCCUAGCUGGCAGGUCGACCGGACUAGCCAGUUCGGGGCUGUAAGAUCCAGGUCUGUAACUCAAAAUCGGGAAGAUUAAUGAAAUAAAAUGGUCCAGUAGAUCUGGUAGCUUAAGCGCGCCACUGCAGAAGCUGCCCCCCUGCUGAAGCUCGGGUGGAACGACUCCCCCUCUCUCCAGUAGAUCCGGCCAAAGACAAUUUUCAAAAUGUGGCGACGGGCGGUGGGUCUCCUCUCCUCUCCGGCGACAGAAAUAGCUUCCAAUAAAAUCAAGGAAUUCAUCUCAUGAUCUCAAUCACGAGAAAUCAAUCUGAUGGGCGAUGACACCACCUCGAGGACUCCUGUCAAACCCGAAGCUGAGACACAUCAACCCAGCGGCCGGCGAAGAAGUACGAGCUCUUGUGCCGGUUCUGCCAUCUCUCAUACGGAGGCGUCCACUGCACUCCUGCUCGCACCACCUCUGCGUUAGUCGCCGCCGCAGAUCCAUGACCAGGAAGGAGAUGACGAUUCAAGCCAAGUAGAGUCCCUCGCCGAUAGAAACCUUAAGGCUCGGGGUUUGUAGUGUCCGCGGCCGUAGUCGCCGGGAGUAUCUCUGGCUGAAAGCAUUGUCCGGCCGCACCCUCUCUUCUGGUUCCGUCUAAAGAGACAUCUGCAGGACACGUCAAAUUGGGCAUUGUUUUCGGGCCAUGAAGAGUGCAUCUAAGCUUAACCUCCAGGCCAUCAUAAGGAGGGUCUUCAGCCGGAAAGUCCUAAGUGCUUACCAAGACAAAAACAGUGGGCCAGCCCACCGUUGGUCCAAUCCAAUUUUUCAGCGGGCCAGAAUUCAACGUCAAUUUUUCUGUCCGUUCAAAAGCUAAGUACUUCAAACUCUCUUCAUAAAAAUAAUACGUGAACAUAUAUGAUAAAAAAAUCACAAAUUGAAUCAUUUGAAAAGAUAUUUUAAGUGAUAUGAUUGCUUUUACUCUUGUUAAGUGUGUGUAAUUUUAACAUUGAACAACGGACUUGUAAAAUCUAAUCACUCAAGUACGUCGGACGAGCACACACACUCGUACACUGGCCGAGCACACACACUCGCGCCACCAGAUCACGUCAUAUGGGUGUGACGAUUAAUAAGCUCCAAUAUAAAUGUUAAUACCACACACUCUUGACUUCAUACGAGUUCUUGCGUGCUUUUACCUCUUCCUAGUGCAUCACACUCCGACCUCGGGGGACGAGUCACCCGUUCAAAAGUUUUUACUUGCGGGUUCGAACUACUAACCUCGGGCGGCGAGUUAAACUCUUGUUAGGGGCCUGGAGCCACGCUCUUCUGAGCAAUUUUUUCACUUAAUUGACGUUCACAUUUCCCGAAAAGGUUGAUAUACUUUAGUUCUCUGAGGUUGGAUUAUCCGUUCGAGUGGUGACUCCGAGUCACUUACUCGCGGAUUCAAUCUUCCUUACGAAGACUAAGUUGAGGCCUUACUUGGGAACUUGACGUUAUUCUUUUCGAGUAGCGAGUCCGACUCACUUACUCAUUGAACGUGGUUCGACACCAGGCCAAAUGCUCUAUUCUACACCUGUUGCAUUUAUGUGUAGAUACGACUGAACGAAGGCGAGCCUGAUGAGUUCGAGCCCGACGAGAAGAACGGUUCUAGUCAUCCUCUUCGCAGAUGGCGACUAUUGCAAUAAAGGCUGAAGAUUUCACCUCUUGCUUCAUCUUGGGGGCGUCUGGUGUACUCUUUUUUCCUUCAUUAGGAUUUUUUCCCAUUGGGUUUUUUCCUGAUGAAGGUUUUUAAUGAGGCAUCUCCCCGACAUGGACAAGGGCGAAGAUCUUCCAGUCUCGGAGAAGAGCAACUGACCUGGACUACUCCCUCUUAGCCGAGUCUACUACUCGACUAAGGGAGUGGAGGACUCGUGAUGGAGUAAUGGGACUAAGCCCAGAGCCUAAUCGGCCCAAGUCCUGAAUAUGGACCCGUGGAUCCAAGUCCACAACCUGGAGCCUUCCUACCACUCCAUUUGGGAGCAUGUCAGUCUGGCCGACCUGCCAGCCAGGAAAAGUAACAACAAGCAAUUAAUGCGCUGUUUAAUUAUGUAUUUAAUUCCGUAUUAAUGCUGUAAUUAAUUACUCAUUAGUUCAUUACUAUUGUUAGCGGUUACGAAUUGUAUACGCCUAUAAAAGGCACGUUGUAAUUCAAACUAAGGGAGCGAAUUCUAGAGGCUAUUCUUUGCAGCUAAAUCUCAUGAGCACUUUCCAUAUUCGUUCUUACUUUCUUGAUUCUUGCUUGAGUGUCUUACGUAGUUUUCCAAAAAGCCUACGAGCGACCUAUUUUGAACCAACAAUAAAUUUCUCUCCCAAAAUGUAUAUUUAAUGUAUUAGGUGCUCAACUGAAUUUUGUUUACAUUGUGAUUAAUACAAGGGGCCCUAAGCAUGUGCUCGACAUCACCAAAAAAAAUAGGCUCUUAAUAGUCUAUACCUCUUCUCAAAAACAGAUGGAAUCUCGUACUCCUGAGUCCUGACUCGAAGAGGUUGGAAUGUGGUUUUAAAGGCAUAAAUAUUUUAAUCGUAUGUUUUAUCUAAAUUCAUAUUCAAUUCAAAUCGACACAAUACUUAAAUAAAUACGGAGUAAUAUUUUCCAAGUUAUAGAAAGUAUACAUAUUUCUUCCAAAAAAAAAAGUUAUAGAAAGUAUACAUAUUACUUACCAUACUCGAUUAUUACAACUCUAACGCAAUUUAUUUUCAAUUAUUGCAAAUUUAAUGCAGUCUUUAUUUUAAAAAUAUUACAUUAAUGUAAUUUCAAUUUUAAUGCAAUCUGAAAAUUGUCAGAUUAGUUCUUUAUUUUUUUUUAACCAUUUUGUAUCUGAAAAUGCCAUAAUUUCUAAUAUGAAAUGGCCAUUUUUUUAAUUGAAAGUGUCAAGUUCUGCAUCUAAUAAUGUCAUACUACCUCCGUCCCAAAUUGAGUUGCAAUUUUGACUUUUCUUGGUCAAAUAGACUUGUUUUGUUCGUUUAAUUAUGAUGUCAAUUUCUAAUUAUAUUUCAAUUUGAGUUUACAACUUUAAAGAGAUUUCAAUGUAGUUUAUGAAUAUGUAAAUUUUAAUUAUUAGAAAUUGAGUUAAUUAUCCAUAAAAAGGUUUGACUUUUAUUAUUGGUUGACCAAAAAAUAUUGACUUUGCAAAACAAUUUGGGACGGAGGAAGUAACUUUUUAUACAAAACAAUCCAGUUAUUACAUCAUUUUUAUAAAGAUGGCAAUUCAAUCUCAUUGGAGAUUGACUAAAUUUUUGUAACUCUAUUUUUGUUUUUUAUUUAUCUCAUUUACUUAUUCCAUGUGUUUCACUGUUUCCCUUCAUAAGUAUGUUCUGUUGCAAAAGGAAAGAAAUGCACGUGCAAGAAAGGAUAAAAAAAAGAAACAGACUAGUGGUGAUUAAAUUCGAACUCUUGCUUCACCCAUUUCACCCGUCUUGGACAAGGUGCAAAAACAUACUUCAUUCGUUAAACAAAGUUUCGGUUUACGAUGCUAGACUAAUUAUAAAGCAAAUUGAUUCAUGUGAACACUAAGAUUGCUUUUAGUAAAUAAAAUUUACAUAUUCAGAAACUAAAUUAAAAAUUUUACAAACCUGGGGAAGAAAAUUUAAAUUUGAUAAAUUUGAUAUAUAAAGCAAAAGAUUGAAAAUGAUUUAAGUUGGCCAAGUAAAUGGUGAAUGAGAACUUCAUUUUGGGAUGGAGGUAGUAUGAUGUAUUAAUAUUAUUAUUUAUUAUGUCUGCCUCACUAAUGUUGAGACAUGAGAAGAUGAUGCGAUUAUUAACAAAUGUGUAUUUUUGUAAUUGAUAUUGAAUUAAUAAAAUAACAAUGAUUUAGUACCAUACAAAUUUUACCAACCGAUACGAAAUAAUCUUAGAGGGACCAACAAAAAAGGAAAUACGGAGAGAUCAGUACAGUAUAAACUCCCAUUAUUGGGUGGCAAUUCUCCCAUAUAUAUUGACCCUUUUCAAGCCUUUUCCAUGUCAGCUCGUGCAACUCAAACAAAGAGGAAGAGCAAUGGAGUUGGGCAGUGCUCUUAGCUUCUUGGAAGAUAGAGCAAUUCUGGUCACCGGUGCCACCGGCUUCUUGGCAAAGAUUUUUGUGGAGAAAAUACUUAGACUUCAGCCAAAUGUGAAGACGUUGUUUCUUCUUCUAAGGGCUGAAGACACAAUGGCCGCCGUACAACGUUUCAACACUGAGGUAUUGGGAAAAGACUUGUUCAAGGUUGUAAUGGAAAAGUACGGGGAGAAGUGGGAUGGGUUGAUAUCGGACCGGGUGAAUGUUGUGGCUGGAGAUAUCACGUGCGAGAAUUUGGGCGUGAAGGACUCGAGUUUGCUAGACCGGUUAUGGAGGGAAGUCGAUGUUGUGGUUAACAUGGCUGCAACCACCGAUUUUGAUGACCGAUAUGACGUGUCCUUGAAGAUUAAUACGAUGGGCCCUAAGCAUGUGCUGGACUUUGCCAGAAAGUGCCAAAACUUGAGAGUUCUUCUUCACGUAUCAACCGGUAAGUCAAGAGUAAGACGUCAAGACUCAAGACGUGUCCUCAAUUUUAAGUUCAAGAGGUAUCGGAAUUCGGAAGUGUUUUUUUUUUUAAUUCACUUGAAUAAUCGCAUAUAUAGACUAUAGUACCUCUGUUUGGAACUGGAUUCACGAGUCUUAUUCGGUCCUUCAAAAUAAGGAACCGAAAUUGCCGGUUUCUAUACCGAACCGUUUUAUUAAAAAUAAAUGGCCCAAAAUAAAUAAAUUCUUAAAUAGUAAUAAAAAUUUAUUACAAUCAUAACAACAGAAACAACAACAAUAAUAAGUUUUUUUAUAGAUGUAAUAGUUUUUCUUGUUGUACUAACAUUAAAAAUAAAAAAUAAAUUAGUUAGUAUUUUUUGGUAAUUAGUAGUAAUAACACGAUAAUAUUACAAAUUAUAGUUAUAAAUACAUAAUUUAGUGAUUGUUGGAGUAUUUUAAUAUUACCAAAUUCUAAAUUUGUAUAACCUAAUUUCGAACUACUUAGUUAUUUAUUAAAAAAAACUAUUUUUGUUAUUAAUUAUCUUAUUUGUGUACUUAGUUAUAUACUUAUAGAAAUACUAAUUAUUAAUUACGCUAAUAUUUUAGGAACUCUUUCAUUUGAAUAAUAUUAUUACUUAAUUAUUACCUACUAUAUUUUUAAUAAAUUAAAUAAAUUUAAAUACAAGAAAUAUAAAUAAUUUGGAAGCGGAAAUCGAACCUGAACUGAACUAGAUUCAAACUGGAACAAUCAAUUUUGGAACUGGUACUGUACGGUUCUUAUUUGGGUUCCCAGAAAUUCGGAAGCGUGAACUCAUUUAACAUACAUAAGCUACCCCAUUUUGUAUCAUAUUUUGUAUCCCUCCUAUGUUUGUGGUUCACAAAAGCAAUGAGUAAAAAUGGAGCAAUUAUUUUAAUUGGGUUGGAUUUUUCUGAACCACAAAUAUAGAAUGAGGUACAAAAUGGUGUAGAAAAUGGGGUACCUCUAGCAUUUCUCUUUAACAUAUCAUCCAUUCAAUCUGUCAUCAUAUUAUCAUCCAUGUUUUUGAACAUUCAUCCAUAUUUACGCUUGAUCAUAUCCAUGUUUAGCCCAUUUGGUGAGUCUAUUUUUCGGUUUAAUAGAUUUAUCAGCCAACUUUUUAAGCAAACAUGUGACUUUUGAUUUCGCGCGCUAAAUUGUGCAAUAAUAAGAAAAAGUAAGGUUGAAGUUACUUUUUCGCUGUAUUGGCUAAAGUUACUGUAGAUGACCAUUUUAGCUAUUUUCAUAUUUUUUUUUCUUACUUUAUUUAUAAAAUAUAUUUUAAUCCCCCCAUAAAUCAGCAGAAUUAGCCAAUACAGUCACUUCAGCUAGAACUUCAUAAAUUUUAGCAGAACCAACCGAUUUAGCCGAUUUCGGUGUUACCAAACAGGCUCACAGUAUACAAGCCCUACGCACAUGACUCUUAUUAGUUUUUAUCAUACAACUUUUAGUGUACAAUGGUAGGUGGGCAAAUUGUUCUUAUUCCCAUUUAGUAAUCUCAAAACUUUUAAUUCCACUUUUGAUAGUACAAAAUUUACAACAAUUUCACAUUUAGUCAUUGUUUAUUAAUGUAUUCCUUUCGGUACUUGACUUGACCAUUUGGUCUACUUGUGAUCCUUCCGCCCAACUUUCCAAGUUCUAAUGCCUAUCUGGCGAUUUUAACUAUUAGAAAUAUCGAUAUAGGAGUCAUACAUGAUCAAAAAGAAAUAGUCAUGUACCGAAUAAUUAUGUAAACUAAUGUAUGAAACUAAUGUAUUGCUCAUACGAGCAAAUUAAAAGUGUAACUUAUUACUUCCUCCAUUCUCGUCUCAUAUUCCUUUCGUGAUAUUUUUAAUUAUUUGUCUCUAUUUCCUUUUUGGUAAAUUUUUUCAAUCAAAAUACAUUUAUACUCCGACUUUUAUUACCCUUACCCCUUUUUACUUUUUACAUACUAUUUUCUAUUUCCUACUUUAUCAUUACUUUACCCUAUACUCUCUAUACUACCCCUAUAAUUUCCUCUUAAAAUCCAUGUCAAACUCUAAGGCCUUGUUUGGUUCAGAGGGGAGGGAAGGGGAGAGUCAAGGAGGGAAGGGAAGGGGAGAGUCAAGGAGGGAAGGGAAGAGGAAGGAAGAGUUUUGAUUAAAAAAAUUGUGUUUGCAGGGCUAUGGGGGGGUGGUGUUGGGAACCAAUUGUGCAGGCACGGGUGGUGGUGCAGGAGUUGUGGCGGGCAGGUUGAUCUGUGGUGGCUCAGGACGGGCAAGGGAGGCAAUGGAGGCUUGGGUUGCUAUUGGUGCCAGGCCGCCAGAAAAGGUGCCGAAAAAUUCUAUGGCGGCUGCGUCACUGUGGCGGCGUCACUGUGGCGGCGGCUAUAGUGACACCGGUGGUGGCUAUAGUGAAAUGGGCGGUGGCUAUAGUGACACAGGAGGUGGCUUGAGUGACACGUAUGGUGACAACAGUUACACGUGCAUCGGCUACAGUGACACAGACAGCGGCUACAGUGACACGAGUGGCGACUACAGUGACACGGGCAGUGGUUGUAGUGACAUGGGUGAUGGCUGUAGUUACAAAAUAAACGAACACAGUGACAUAAAAUUUUUGUAGUUACAUCAUGUUUUCUAAUUGCACUUUCUAAUUGCACAUAUAUGACCUUCUUGAUCACUUUUUUGUCCCUUUUUAAAAGUGGUCACUUUUUGGGUAAUUGGUUCAAAAUUAGUAAUAUUCAAGUAAAACCCCAAGUAUUAUUAUACGAUGUAAACUUAACAAGUUAAAAAAAAAUAACUUAAAAAGUUGAAUGGAUUUGUAACAGCAUAUGUAUGCGGUGAAAAGCAAGGACUCAUACUAGAAAGCCCAUACAAAAUGGGGGAAACAUUGAACGGAACAUGUGGGCUUGACAUUGAUAGAGAAAAAAGGAUAAUCAAUGAAACUUUGAAAAUGCUCCGAGCUGAAAAUUCUUCUCAAGAAUCCAUCACCUUAGCCAUGAAAGACAUUGGCAUCCGAAGAGCGAAGGCAUAUGGAUGGCCAAACACUUACGUAUUUACAAAGGCAAUGGGAGAGAUGCUUUUAGGUGAAUUGAGAGACAAUGUGCCUCUUGUCAUUAUACGUCCGACCAUUAUAACAAGCACUUACAAGGAACCAUUCCCUGGUUGGGUUGAAGGUGUGAGAACUAUCGAUAGCUUAGCAGUUGCUUAUGGUAAAGGACAAAUAACAUGCUUCCUUGGUGAUCCUAAGACCAUAGUAGAUGUGAUACCGGCUGAUAUGGUGGUAAACGCCAUGAUAGUAGCCAUGGUGGCACAUGCAAAUCAACAAGGAACUGAAAGCAUAUACCAUAUAGGGUCAUCAGUUUCGAACCCAAUGAGGUACAAAGUGUUGCAAGACUUGGGAUACCGCUUCUUCACCAAACAUCCAUGCAUAGGUAAGGAUGGAAAACCCAUUCUUGUUGGAAAGGUGACUGUGCUAGGCAGCAUGGAUAGCUUCCGCAGAUAUAUGGCCAUUCACUACCUCAUCCCUUUAAAGGGUUUGGAGAUAGUAAAUAUUGCAUGUUGUCAGUACUUCCACAGUAUAUACAAUGAGAUGCACAGAAAAAUCAAGACUGUGAUGAGGCUAGUAAAUCUAUACCAACCAUACUUAUUCUUCAAGGGAGUAUACGAUGAUAUUAACACUGAAAAAUUGCGAGGAGCGGCCAUAGAAGGGGGCAUUGAAACAGAUGUGUUUUACUUUGACCCUAAAGUAGUCAACUGGGAUGAUUAUUUCAUCAAGACUCACAUUCCUGGAUUAAUGAAAUAUGUCUUCAAUCGUAAAUAGAAGUGUUUGUAUAAUUCUUAUCAUCACAUCUGUAAAAUACGGAGUAAUAAUUUCUCAUUAUAUUAUAAUGAAUUGAUGUAGCCUAAAAGGCAAACUAUCGAUUUUUUUUGUAUCUAUAACUUAUGUCUGUUAACUUUCCUAGCUCUAUGAUUUAUUUGAUUGAA